AUGGCUCAAGGCGCAGCAAACAACUUUGCGCAAUUCAUGGUUGUGGGACCAACAUGUUUUUUCCUCGGAAUCAUGUUUGCGCAACUACCUUAUGACUACAAUGUCUUGUGGACUGUGCCUGCCGACCGAGCGACCUACUUCGACAUUCUUGAAUCGCACAUCCAGUUCCUCUAUGCCUCUCCUCCCAUCGUGUCGCGCAUCCUCAACCUAGCCAUCGGCACCGGUCUCCUCGGCUUUCUUAUCAAGCUCUUCAAGCCAAACCAGGCCAACAUGCUCUUCGAUGGCGCGUCGCUUGUUCUCUACAUGGCUGGUAUCACCGUGUACCUCACCAACAUCGUCAAGGGUUUCAGGGUCGUGACGGCAGGCAUCUACGGAGACGUGAACAAAGCGGCCCCGGGGGAGAUUACAGACGAGGAUAUGGGCGAUUACAUCUCGAGGGAGGACACGUUGAGGGUCUUUGCGGCUAGUAACACGAUUCUGGCGCUCGUGUUGGUGGGUGUGCUGGUGCUGCAGGCUGGGCAAUGGUAUGCCAAGAGGGCCGAAGAGAAGGAGAUUGAAGAAUUCGAGCGUCAGGCUGAGGAGAAGAAGGGCGCGGGGAAGAAGAAGCAGUAG